UCCCCGCCAUCAAAGAGAUCCGCCUCGCCAUGUCGGACAGCACGGCAGCUGGCGUGGCCAAGGCUCGUCACAUUGAGAGCCUGGCGCCUGAAGCCACGCGUAUCAUUGAUGAUCCCUAUGCCCAGUACUUCUACUUUGGUGCAAGCUUGGUGAACCUUGUGGGCCACGGUGCUGGCUUGUGGCUCUUUGACAUGCUGAUGCCUGGCGCGCACGAGAUGUUGAUCGCCAGGACCCGGUGCAUCGACGACCUGGUACAGCAGGAGGUGGAGAAUGGUGCCUGCCAGGUGGUUCUGCUGGGCGCGGGCUACGACAUGCGUGGUGCACGGCUGAACCUGGCAGAGAAAAAGGUGAAAGUCUUUGAGGUGGACCAGCCAGCAGUCCAGAGCAGGAAGCGGGAAAAGGUGGCAGCCAUCCCCAACUUGUCCAAUCCGGUUCACUUCGUGCCCGUGGACUUUGCCUGUCAGCGGGUGGAUGAAGAGUUGUCGAAGGUGGCGGACUACGAUCCCAAGGCCAAGACAUUGAUCAUCCUCGAAGGUGUGAGCCAGUACAUCCCUGGUGAAGCGAUGUUGACCACCUUGAAAGCCAUGGACGGUGUCACAGGACCUGGGACCUGCUUCUUUUUUUCGUACGUGGAUGAGCGGAUUCAGCGAGAAGCCGCGCAACUGGGGGAUGCCAAGACAGUGCAGAAGAUUAUGUCCAUGGCGGCCAGUGUGGGAGAACCGUGGAUCAAUUUCUAUGCUCAGAGUGAGGUUCCAGGCCUAUUGGAGGCUUCUUCCAAAUUCAGGCUGGUGUCGGACGUGUCCGCUGACGAGAUCAGCAAAAAGUCCUUCCCUUUGGAGCGGCAGAUUCCGCCUGAGAAGCUGCUGGUCAUCGAGCGUUAUGUGGUGGCCAGGAAGUGAGGGGCCGCUCUGUGGAAAUUGCCAGCCUACGCAAGCGAAACAUGUGGGGCCAAUCGGCGAAAACGAACGGUGUCAUCAACAUCAAAAAGGAUGUGGGAGAAGAGGCGAUUUUUCUCAACAGAUUGAAACAUCGUGAAUUCAACUGCCAAAAUUCAUGGGUAAGGUCAGUUUGACCCGAAACACCGAAAACUGGGCGGGUGAACAGGUGACUGGGACGAUCAACAGUGAUAGCACCACUGGAAUUGGUCCCAAUUGAUCCCCUCGAAGUCGGCAGGACGGCAGGAUUUAGCUCAGGUAGCAGUUUGCGUGCGACGCCCCAUGUACAGGGAGGGGCUUGGAGGCAAGCUGCGCAUGCUGAUGGUACAGCACUGUUUUUGGUCAUGCACAGAGAUUUUCUUGCGGGCCAAAGCAUUGAGCCCCUCAAGUGUCCAGAAAAAUCCCUGGAGCCUGCUUGGCACAGACAGAUCCAGCAAAGACGGUUUCAGAAGUGCGUUGUUUGAUGUUGCUAAAUCUAUUCCAGUGG